AUGCUAGAUUUGGAAAUUAUUUUCUCCCUAACGGAGAUUGGGUUUUCUCCCGUCAUUUCAAAAACGGAGAUAGAAUCCACCACCGUAAAACCCGAGCUAAAAGACUGCCAAGUUCAUAAAGGGCAGAAGAGGACAAACAAUGAGAUUUUGGGAGCCAUCUACACCAAUCAGAUCUCGCAAAUGUUCCCUUCACAAUACGCUGCCAAGGAGAGCACUCUCCAAACCCAGUACACCUGGACGGGGUCCGCGGACUCCUUAUCCACAAUUAUCCAGCGCCCUAUUUUAUUCGCUGUACACAUCUCCUCCUUAAAUCAGAGGGCCAUUCCUGUACGAUUAUAUCAACAAUCAAUUCUUGAACGCUUAGCGAUGCCCUCCCGAGACUGCUCGUCCUCCUUAAACCCGAGGGCCAUUCCUGUACGAUUAUAUCAACAAUCAAUUCUUGAACGCUUAGCGAUGCCCUCCCGAGACUGCUCGUCCUCCUUAAAUCCGAGGGUCAUUCCUGUACGAUUAUAUCAACAAUCAAUUCUUGAACGCUUAGCGAUGCCCUCCCGAAAUUGCUCGUCCUCCGUCCUCUCUUACAUUGGUGACCAGUGGUACAUGUGGCUUACGAAGUGGCGACAUCGGCGGUGCAAUAAGCCUUGA